UAAAGAGACAGCUGAACUAACAGCAGCAUGCUGCUCCAUCUCAUCUGGUUCCUUUCUGUACUAACAGGGAUGAUAGCUGGACAGGACAGCAUCUCUCCUGAAAAACAGGAAGUCAAUGGAAGAGAAGGAGAAUCUGUUACCCUGACAUGCUCUUACCAGACAAGCCAUGAUGGUGCUUUACUUUACUGGUUCAGACAACAUCCUAACCAGGCACCUCAGUAUAUCCUCUAUAAAGGAGCCGGGGCAUGGAGCAGUUACCAAAACAUCCCUGAUCCUCGUUAUCAAUCCAUAACAUCUUAUACACCUAACAAAUCAACUAAACUCACCAUAACAGAUGUAACCCUGGCAGACACUGCUCUCUACUACUGCUACUGGAAGUUAAUCUUCAGCAAGCCAAUCCGUCUCACAAUCCAACGAAAAGAGGAUAAUUAUGAGCCUUCCUACUACCUUCUAAGUGUCUCUAACGACACACAGGCCUGCCUGGCGACAGAUUUCACCUCCUACAAGGCAACCCAAGACGUGUUUGGUAAUGCAGCUGAGGCCACCAGACCUGACGAGGACUCCUUCUACAGCCAGGUGGCGCUGUUUCCCCCUGGAACGCUUAACUGCACAGAACCAGAGGAGACAUGUGAUGCUGACAUUUUUGAGCCAGAUGAGAAGGUGAACAUCCUGGCCCUGGUCAUGCAAGGCCUGAGACUGAUCUUCAUCAAGACCGUUGUCUUCAACGUUCUUAUGCUGCUUCAGCUGUGGAGGAGCUACACCCAGUAGACAGAUGGAAGCCACGGCGCCCUCUCUCCAUGAUGCUGAGGACAUGAACCAGUUCUCCAUGUCCACACUUCCUUUGGAAGGAUUGACCCUUGACCUCCUCCCCCGUUGCUUGUAAUGUCGGUGAUACUGGUGUGGACAUAGGAGCUUGUUUUGCUGUUAGAAUCCAGUUGUCCUGGACAGGAGUCUCAGCUGAACAUGUGCAGUGCAGAUGUUAAAUGUAAUUAUUGGUGCAGAUGUGCAGACCCUCCUAAAGACCUCCUCCUCAUGUUCCUUCUGUAGUGAAGAAACACCAAGCCAGCAGCACAGCCGCUCUGCUGUACUCAGCCUCACACCUAAAGCCUCCAUCCCCCCUUCCUCACAUGGCACAUGGCAUGGCUGGAAAGAUGCCAGCACCACAUCUUGUACGGCACAUGUACAUGUACAUGUAUUGUGAUGUGUGUUGUACAGUGUGCUCUGUGUUGUACAAUGUUGUGUUGUUACCUCUGUUCAGUAGCAGUGUGUCACUUUUUAAAUGUUUUAUAUCUUAAACAUCUACCAAUAAACAGGAG